AUUGGCAACCCUCCAUCACACAUCACAGAGCUAUUCCGGGCGGCUGCCGGCGACAUGUCCACCACCACCAGGAGCAGCACAGACCGCCUCCACGCGCUCAAGGCGUUCGACGACACCAAGGCUGGCGUCAAAGGCCUCGUCGACGCGGGCCUUUCCGCCGUCCCCGCCAUCUUCCACCACCCGCCCGACAACACACCAACCCAUCACUUGACGAUCCCGAUCAUCGACCUCGCUGGCCUCAUGACGCCGUCCGGGCGGGCCUCGGUGGUCGGGGCGGUGAGGGCGGCCGCCGAGACGCUGGGCUUCUUCCAGGUGUUGAACCACGGCGUGCCGGAGGAGGCCAUGUGCGAGAUGCUGGCGGCGGUGCGGCGCUUCAACGAGGAGCCGGCGGAGGCCAGGGCGCCGUACUACACCCGGGACCAGCGCCGACGCGUCCGGUUCAACUCCAACUUCGACCUGUUCCAGUCGCCGGCAGCCAACUGGCGCGACACCCUGCUGCUGGAGAUGGCGCCGGAGCCGCCGUCGCCCGAGGAGAUCCCGCCGGCGUGCAGGGAUAUCGUGCCGGAGUACGUGAGGCUCGUGCAGCGGCUGAGCCGCACGCUUCUCGGGCUGCUGUCGGAGGCACUGGGCCUCCACCACCACCGCGGCGGAUACCUGGAGCUGGAGCAGGACACCGCGUGCCUGCAAGGGCUCAACAUCGCCGGCCACUACUACCCGGCGUGCCCGGAGCCGCACCUCACGCUGGGCACCACCAGGCACUCGGACCCCAGCUUCCUCACCGUGCUCCUCCAGGACGCCAUCGGCGGCCUCCAGGUGCUCGUGGAAGGCCUCGAUGGCAACAAGUGGGUGGACGUGCCGGCGGUGGCGGGGGCGCUGGUGGUGAACAUCGGCGACCACCUGCAGCUCAUGUCCAACGACAGGUUCAACAGCGUGGAGCACCGCGUGGUGGCCAAGAGCUCCGGGCCGAGGUUGUCGGUGGCCUGCUUCUUCGGGACGCCCGGCGCGGUCGCGUCCAAGAUAGUGCUACGGCCAAUCGUCACCGACGGCGAGGAGGCGCGGUACAGGAGCACGACGGUGGAGGAGCUGCUGCGGGAGUACAGGGCCAAGGGCCUCGACGGUACCUCUGCACUCCACCACUUCAGGCUCUGACGAAUGAAUCAUCUUUUUUUUGGUUGCUUCGUCUUUUCCAUUGGUGAAUAAUAAUUUGCUUCAAUAAAUCCAAAUGCACCGUACGUCUGC